AGAUCGUUCUACACCGGUCACUAUAUAACCGCCGUGGAUGCUACCAGAAGCCUUCGUGCUCAACAGCACGAUAUUUCUGCUCAAAACGAUUCGUAGGGUGCUCAAGUCAUCUGAAAUCGAUUCCAAGAUCAAGAAAUCAGCACUGCCAUUGACUAAUGAACACCGACGCAAUCAUUUGAGAAGGGCAAAAGCGCAUAUCAAGUGGACUGUUGAUGACUGGAAGAAGAUUGUCUUUAAAUCAAAAGAAGAAGUAGACAAGAAACACGAAGAAAGUGAGAGUAACAAGGAUGAGAAGAAGGACAUCUUAUUCCACAAUGACGCACAGAUUGUCGAUUUUAUAAACUACAUAUACCGACCUAAAGCUGAGCAUUCGCCAGACUCUCCUCUUUACAAAUUACAGUUUGUAGAUGAUAAAGAGAUAUUGGGAAUUGUUUGGACUUUCACCACCAAAUUCGACAGGUAUACACUUUUAGCGUUCACACAAUGGUUGAACAAACAAAAUGUUGACUUGUUAACAGAUGAACCUGAACGUAAAAUUGUAAAGAGAAGUUCAGAGAAAGUAAGAUUGAGAAUGCGCGCUCUAAGUGUUUUGGACAGCAGAUACUACGGUAAAGCUCGUAAAAUGGUUUUGCACGAUAACAAUUAUUUUAACUAUAGAUUUAUGGUUGAUGUUGCGAAAUACAUUAUAGAUGUUAUACUACGACAUCAUGCGUACAUCGACCAACUGAAAAAGGACGGAUACCAUAUUGUUGGUUAUGGUAGAAAAUCAAAAAAUACCUACUGAUAAUAGAGCGACUUUACUACAAAGAAUGGUGGAUAUUUUAGGCCAAAGUCUUUAUAUCACCAUGUAGCAACAUGAAACAAAGUUUUCACAAACGGGAUUCUAAUCAGUAGCCAAUACUGCAAGACUUGCUUUAUGUUGAUGGAGACACGAAUGACUUUCUUGCUUUCAUUCGAG